AUAUUAAACAAGUUAUCGUCCUUCGUUUAAAAUUAACCGGCGGUAUUUCCGAAACGUGCAUCGAAAUACUCUCUGCUCAAUGAUUAAACAAAAUGAAGGAUAUCCUUUCUCCUGCAAAGGAUAAAAGAACAGACCUGUCUUAAAGCGCAACAUUGAUAUGGAGUUUAUUGACAUUGGAUCAACGAUAUGGAUCGAUGUGAAAAUUGGUUAUCUGCUACCUGGAAAGGUUAUAUCCGUUGUUGGGUCUCAGUUGAAGGUUCGAGUGGACGACAACCUAAAGGUGUACACCGUUGAUUCACACCUGGUGAAACCAAUGAUCAUCAAUGGACCCAAUGGUUACGAUGAUAUGAUAAAAAUUGAUGAUCUUCACGAAGGUUCCAUACUUUAUAACAUCAAGAAGAGAUAUAAUAAUGGUUCAUUCUAUACGUACAUUGGUCAAAUUUUAAUGUCGAUCAAUCCUUACAGAAUGUUUGAUAUUUAUGGUCUCGAUAAAGUUAAGGAAUACGAAGGAAAAUCGAUAGGAAAACUCCCGCCGCAUAUAUUUGCUAUUGGUAACGCUGGAUAUUAUCAAAUGUUGAUGACAGGAUUAAACCAAGUUGUUGUGAUUAGCGGUGAAAGUGGCGCUGGUAAAACAGAAUGCUCCAAACUUCUACUGCAAUAUCUUGCUGCUGUUAACGAAGCAAAGGGAAGCCUCAUUACUGAACAGAUAAUCGAAGCAACUCCCCUUUUGGAGUCGUUUGGAAAUGCAAAAACGGUGAAGAAUGACAACUCGAGUCGUUUUGGAAAAUAUCUUGAGAUGCAUUUUGACAAAGUUGGAUGUAUAUGUGGUGCCCAGAUCUCUGAAUAUCUCCUCGAACGAUCAAGAAUAGUUGGUCAGGCGUAUGGAGAGCGGAAUUAUCACGUGUUUUAUGAAUUGUUGGCGGGACUUUCGCCAAAUGAAAAAGGAAAAUAUUCUCUGAAGAACUCUGAGGAUUACAUUUAUCUAAGUCAGGGUGAAUGUUGUGUUGUUCAAAGUAAAAAUGACGUUCAAGACUUUUACCGUUUGCUCGCAGCGAUGGAAGUUCUUAAGAUCGAGAAAGACGAUCAAGAUGGUAUAUUUGGAAUAUUAUCAACCAUACUUCACCUUGGAAAUAUUGUCUUUGGAAUCAAACAGGUCAGCGGUCUGGAUGUGGCCUUCGUUCAAGAUGAUGAAGCGGCAAAUAUCGCGUCUGAGUUACUGGGCUUAAAAGUAGACAAUCUCUUGCUUGCUUUGACCCAUAAAAUUACGGAGGCGAGAAGAGAACAGUUCACGACUCCCCGUUCUCAAGAACAAGCAUAUGAAUCUCGAGAUGCUCUCAGUAAAGCGUUGUAUUCAAGACUGUUCUGUUGGAUUGUCGAAAAAACAAACUCCGUGAUAAGCAAAUCAGAUAAAGCAAUGUCGUUGGCUAUUCUGGAUAUAUUUGGUUUUGAGGAUUUUCGCCGAAAUAGCUUCGAGCAGUUAUGCAUAAACUAUGCUAACGAGAGCCUUCAGUAUUUUUUCAAUCAGUCAGUUUUUUUUCUUGAACAGGAACUGUACCAAAAAGAGGGAAUCAAAUGGAAAUGGAUUAAAUACUCAGAUAACACAACAUGUAUUGAUUUGAUUGGUGCAAGUAACUACGGUCUUCUUCAUCUUCUAUCAGAUGAAACAACAUUCCCUAAGUCGACCGAUCACACGUUUUUGGACAAGAGUUUCCAUCGUUACAAAAACAACAAAUGUUUUGAAAAACCAAAGACUCGAACGAUGCAGUUUGGUAUAAUACACUACGCUGGGACUGUUUGGUACAGUGUUGAAAAAUUCUUAGACAAGAACAGAGAUGGGCUACGUAAAGAUAUCGUAGAUUUAGUUGCGUCCUGCAGAAAGCCGUUUGUAUUCAAGUUAUUUCCUGAACUUAUACGGAAAUCUUAUACGGGUAUGAUCCAAGUGACGGAUCUAAGUCAGGCUCAUAAUCAUUCACAAUCCCGCGGUCACUUGCUUAAUCCCAAUUCACCCCAAAAGUCUACGGUUGCGGCAAAAUUCCACGAAUCACUGGCGACCCUAUUACAGAAAAUGCGACGGUGUAAUCCUUACUUCAUUCGCUGUAUUAAACCAAACAACGAAAAGACUCCAAUGAUGUUACAGACCCCCUUGGUUCUGGAGCAACUACGAUAUAACGGUGUCCUAGAGACUGUGAGAAUACGAAAGCUCGGCUAUCCAAUCAGAUACCAGUAUACAGACUUCUUUAGGAGGUACCAUUGUUUGUCGUCGUUCCAUGUCAGUAGCGAAUGGCAAAUAAAAGAACAGUGUUCACAAAUUUUACUCCUUUGUGUCGACCCUAGAAAGACAAAUACCUAUCAACUUGGUUUGACUAAAGUAUUUCUUAGUGAAGACUUGUCACAGAAGUUAGAAGAAAUGCGUCACAGAGUGAUCGAGAAAGCUACAGUCAUACUUCAAAAACAUGCACGGUGCAUGUUUUGCCGUAGAAGAUACACUGAAAUGCAAAAAUCUGCCUUGCUUAUUCAAAGUCAUUUUCGAGGAUGGCAACAGAGGCGGCAUUAUCGUAAAAUACGGACAGGGUUUAUCAAAAUUCAGGCUUGCUAUAGAGCUAGAUCACAAAAGAAGAACAACGUGAAGUUAAAAGAGGAAUCCUGUGGAAAAAACACAAAUAAAUAUGAAGAAGAAAGUUCAAGACAAGAACAAAAAGCGAAAGAACAACAGUCACAUAUUGACGUUACUCAACUUGAAAUAACUCCUGAGUUAGCACUCGUUUUCACAAAGUUAUCAGCUUGGAACUAUGAUAUCUUACGAAAGUCCGUUAUUUCUACAUCCCGUCACGUUUCAAAGCAAACCUAUCGCUCAUCGCAUCUACCUGAUGAUAUCGAUGCUUUCCAGUUUUCCAAAUAUGUUCACUUAUAUUUUCAGGAUCAAAAAGAUUGGAAAUUCACAAGAGUCCCAAUCAGAAGUUCAUUUUUGAAGUUAAAAGAGGAAGAUAGCGCACAAGCCGUCACAACUUUCAAACUUAUUUUGCGUUUCAUGAAUGAUUGGUCCAUGGUCGAUGCUAGACAAUUUGCUUUGGGAAAUUAUAUAGUUCAAAAGGGAAUUCUAAAUCCUGAUCUUCGAGAUGAAAUAUAUGUUCAGUUGGUGAACCAGACGUGGGGGAAUGGGAUCGAGGCGAGCAUAGAACGCUGUUGGUGGCUUAUUGCAUUAUGUAUAUGUUGCUUUAGACCAACUGACGCUUUGGAAAAGUACUUGAUAAAACAUAGCUCGGAUAAUGCUUACGAUGGCUUUAAGAGUUUUUGCCAACACAAGUUGUUAUCAUGGGAUAAUGAACGACAUGUUGAACCGCGUUGCCAUCCUCCAUGUUUACUUGAAUGGACGUCUGUUAAAGAGAAAGCAAACAUGGCUAUCGAUAUUCAUUUGUCUGACGGAGAAAAAGUUUUAAUAGAAGUGAAUUCAACAAGCACAGGUGAUCAAGUUGCGUCAAAGAUCUUGAAAGAUAAAGGUCUUGGUGAGUAUGAAGGAGGAUGGAGUCUUGAUAUGAUGAACGAACAUUGUCAAUAUUCUCUGGCCGGCUGCGAUUAUGUCCUUGAUAUGAUAGCUGAACUGGAGUAUCCACCCUCGUUCCCAGUCUCUUGCUCUCCGAGUGUCAUUUCUACGGAUAUGUCGUAUGAUGUUGGACCAAAUAAAAUGAGACUGUUAGAAGAUUUACAUAGACAACGUGAAAGAUCACAAACAUUUGCUGAUGUAUCAAUGACGUUUCAAGAUGGGAACUACAAGGGUCUUCCUCUUGCAGAUAAAAAAUUUACUCAAGUUGUACCUGCAUCACAACAUACGCACAUUUCUUCUCGUUCAGAAGCUUCGCAACCUUUUCCAAAAGCUUCAACAAAUCAUGAAACAAACACUCCAUAUUCAAAGCCUUUUGUUCCUCAACCUGCUUCUACAGCAAUGUUUACCUUAUCAUCUCAAAAUACGGCACCACCAGGAACAUCCCUGUAUGUCCCUCCUCCCCCUGCACCACCACCUCCUCCACCAAUUCAAGAUCCCAUGGCUAGCAAGAUUAAACAACUAAGGGGAGAGUGCUCAAAGCCGGAGAGGUCUACGAAAGCUUCUGUUCAUCUUCUCGAUGAGAUCCGUAACAAGGCGAGCACGAUGCAAGAGAUUCGGAAAAAUACGAUUGUCGACGAUCGAGCGACGAGUUGCGAAGAUAUUAUUGACCAGCGGAUUGUUAAAGCAGCUGAGCAACGAGCUGUUGCCAGGGAACAACGACCAGAUCUUGCGUAUCAUUCAGAGCUACAAGGUGCUGUAAAGAAACGUGCAGAGCGCAUGAAAAAAUCCAACAAAGAAAUGAAAAUAGAGUUACGUUGUGCAGGAAAGGCUGGUGUUGGCUCUUUAGCUUCUGUGGAGAGUGAAGUGGAAACUAGAAAAGAGUCUGUAGUGUCGCCAGUGGAUAUUCCGACAGCUGAACGCAACCUUGAUGAUUUCGUUGAUAGUUUGUUUGAUCCUCUUUUUUCCUCGGAUGUGAAUAAUCUCGUUGAUGCGCCUAACUUAGCUCGCUCUAUCAAAGGCGGAGGUAAAAUGCACCGCGCUAAAACAUUGGGCUCUCCCAAACCUCUAGUUCACUGCCUAAAUCAGACACCAGUGAGCAACAUGGUUCGACAAAUGGCGAAAUGCAACCAACUUUGUUUCUGUUAAACAACAGUAUGGCAAAUGGUGCAGUAGCUUCUGCAAGAGGACUUCCUUAUUCAACUUUCAUGCCUGCAGGAAUGAACGGUUAUGUUUCAAUGUCAUACCCAGUUAGCGGCGCCAUGGCUGCACCAUGUAUACCCGUCGUCGUUCCGGUCAGCGGUCAUCUUCACCAACAAAAGCAGCCUCAGGCCGCCCACCCUGCUCGUCAGGAGGACCUUGCAUUUGAACAGCAGCUUAAAGAACAGGAACUUAAAUUAGUCCAAAGACAAAAAGAACUCGCUAAGGUCACGGAGAAACUGGAUUCUUUGAGACGAGAGCAAUCAAAAUCUCAGCAAAAACAGGGAGAAUAUGAAAAGGAAAAGCACUUUACCGAAAGCAACCAUGUCUUUGAUCAUUGUUUGUUAAAAGGCAAAUUGAAUCCGCCACCAGAAUUUCAAGACCAAAACUCUCUCACACUCUCUCAAGUUCUUCACACGACCAACUCAUCUUCAUCAGUCAAAAAGAGAGCACAUCAGUAGUUCACGAUUGAGAACGAAACCAGAUGGGGGACCUGCCACGGAUGUUGUGCCUGUUAUCCCAAAAAAGUGUGCAGACUAACACAAGAGAACACCACAGCCCGAUCAAUACAUCAUUUGCAGUCGUUAUGAACGAGAAAGUUGGAAGGACAGAGCUUUACAGGAAAUGUACUGGUCCAUAUUUGACUUACGAAAAUGUUUCGUGGAAAAUGUUCUUACGAAAAGAGGUGUUUAUGGCGAAGGAGAAUCUAAGCAGCAAAAUAACUCAACAUCUUGUAUUUAGACAGAUUGUUUGGGAUACAUAUAAAACAUCUUCAUGUAGAAUGACGAGAUCAGACAGAUCCACAAUGAAGCAGCUUUUGGAAAAAUAUGAUAUUUACGUGGAUAAAACUAGCACCAGCUCUCCCAUUGAAGAAAUUAUCAUUGACGCUGCAAAACAGUUGCCUUAUUAUUUCUGUCGAUUUUCAAAGUUUCUAAACAAAAUGACGGCGUCGAUUAUCAAUACGUUGCCGUUUCUCAUUCCGGAGUUCAGUUUAUCAAGAGGGAACGAAUAACGAGCGAAUUGAAAACAGUUGAAAAAUAUUUAUAUACAGAUGUAACGAAAAUUCGCGCCACAAGUGACAAACUGACGCUAAAGACAAAAUCAAAAAAGAUAUAUGUUUACAGUGCGAAGG